AUGCUGAGUGAAUUGCAAGUCAAGAUAAUCCGGGACUUUACCUCGACCCGUGAUGACUUUGUUGCCGAACUCGAGAAGUUUUCCGAGGGCGACACCAAUGGUAGAGUGGUAGUUCGCGUACAGUCAUUCUUGUUUCGCAUCAAGAACACCCUCGCCAUGUGGGCAAAGCUUAGAUGGAACUUGAGGAAGGAGGGACGGUGUUUUGAAGACCGCUGCAUCAUCUUAAUGGUUUUGGCAGAUGAAAUGGCCCACAGUUUCCCAAACUGUGUGACCACUGCCAUCAACAAGAACGGUGUUGUUGAGAUCCAAGAUCUUGCAAUGCAAAAGAGGUUCGAUAUGUUGGCUAUGCAGCUUGGAAGUCUUACUUUGUGGGGUCACAGCAACGUUGAUACCGCUGCUGUCGAGAACGCUUGCAUGGUUGAAGAGGAGCAGCGCCGAUGGGAGCAAAAGCCACCCUCCAGGGAUGAUGAACGAGGCCAGUCUCUUCGAUUCCUGUGGUCACGAUUUUACUACAAGGAUGUUCACUGCGACUGCCACCAGUGUCUGAACUUGUAUCUCCCCCUCCGCGACCCAACACCUUCCCCUCCACUGCCCCCCAUGUUCAAUUCUGAUGAUAGCGAUGAACUGUCCGUCUUGUUCGAGGAGUAA